AUGGCUGACGAUCUAACGGAAAUUUACGGCCGCCUAGCGAUCAAUAAUGAUGAGGAGGAAGUUUUGGACUUGGGGAGUAUUGUUACGGAGGAAAACGACGAUAAAGUUGCACUAAUGCUUGUAGGGAGACUAUUAACAGACCGCCCUUUCAAUGUGGAUGCUUUUCAGCGAACGAUAAUACAAUCAUGGGCAAUGACGGGGAAGGCGGUUGUGCGUAGUAUUGGACCGAAUUUGUUUGCUUUUCAGUUCUUUCAUUGGCGUGACAAAGAGAAGGUUAUUCUCGGUGGACCCUGGUGUUUUGAUAACCAACUCCUGAUUUUGAGCGAGGUUACAGGGGAUGAACAACCAACGGAAGUAGCCCUGAAUUUCUCACCUUUCUGGGUGCGAAUCCGCAACCUCCCUUUCAACUGUCGAACAAAUGCUCACGUAAAGGCAGUUGCUGGCUGCCUAGGAGCGGUUUUGGAGGUGGAGGACGAUGAUGUUGGAAUUGAUAAGGACCGCAGAGUUCGGGUUUUGCUAGAUGUGCGGAAACCACUACGGCGGGAAAAGACUAUAAAGAACAAAAGAGGCAUGGAUGUGGUGGUGGAGUUUCGGUAUGAACGCCUACCUUUCUUUUGUUUUCUCUGCGGUAUUAUGGGACAUGGGGAACGAGAUUGUUCGGUGGUGACUGAAGAAGGCAGAGAAGAGGGAUACAAAUGGGGGGUAUGUCUAAGAGCGUCACCAAGAAAGGGUAGAACUCAACAGGUAGCGGAAGUGGAGUCUCUGAAGGCUGCAAAGAAAGUUUUAUUUGUGGCAAAGAAUAUGAUGGGGGAAAAGGGGAGUACGGAUAGUGAUGGGAAGGGCACAAAGAGUGUAAGGGAGGAGCAAGUGGAAGGAAUACAGAUUUCAAAGAAGAAUGCAAUGGUCAACAGGGAAGUGGACGAGGGGGAGAAGUCUAUAACCAAUCAUGUAGGCAGGGGGAGAGAGGAUACAAUAGUGGGGGUGAUAGCUGAGGGAGUGCAGGAACGGGGGUCCACAAACAAAAGUAGUACAGAGAAGGAUAGUGGGAGAAGGGGGGCGAAUGGAGAGGAGGUGCAAGAGGAGGUGCAAAGCGUAGAGGAAAGGGGGAGUGCAGUGAGCUCUAUGGCGUUCAACAUAGGCCAGCUGGGGAGCAAGAGAGGUAAAAUCCGAAAAAUGAAGAGAAUUGGGGAGGGGGGGAGUAUUGGUGGGGGUGGAGGUGUGAAGCAAGCCGCAGGGGGGCUGACAGGUGGGGAGAAUGAGAAAGAUGGAGGGAGGACGUGCAUUAAAAAAGUGGGUGGAGGGGAUACUACGGGAAACUAUUACCAUGGGGCAGGAGAGAAAAGGAAGGGGUGCAUGGAUGGGAAUGAUGUAGUGAUGAGUGAAAGAUGUGACGUAGAUAGAAACGUGAAGCUUGUUUUUUUGGGCUCCGAGUAUAAUGCAGGGAGUCAAGUAGCGGAGAUUGGCAGUGGCCAAUCCCGCGAAGGGCAAUGA